AUUUUGUGAACGAACCAGGGAGGAGUUUAUGGAGUUCAAAACCCGAGGAAUUUAUGACUUGUAUUCAAGCAGGAUAUUUACGAAGGACGCCAGUACAUUUCUCAAUCAUCUGUCGUGUUUAGAGUCAGAGAUCUUCCGUUUCAUCAGGGCUGAAGCGGCCAGGUUGCCGCAGCCAAUCCAGCCAUCCUAUAUCCCAUGUGUAGCGUCAACAUAGCGCCACCGUUGUCAGAAACCGGACGGGACGUCAACCGGGCAGGAUGCCGUUACCAACGAGGGUAUCGCACAUAAAGGAUCCUGAGCUCGCUUCAUUCUUUUCCGAGGAGGACCCUGAGAAAUUGUUCACUGACCUUCAGGAGAUCGGCCAUGGCAGUUUUGGGGCAGUCUACUUUGCACGCAACACAAGGACGGGAGAGGUGGUGGCAAUCAAGAAGAUGUCAUACAGUGGAAAAUCAUCCAAUGAGAAAUGGCAAGACAUAGUGAAGGAGGUGCGGUUCUUACGGCAGGUGAAGUACAAGAACUGCAUAGAAUACAAGGGGUGCUACUUGAGGGAACACACAGCAUGGUUGUCGAUGGAAUACUGCUUAGGUUCUGCAUCAGAUAUCAUAGAAGUACAUAAAAAGCCAUUGCAAGAGGAUGAGAUAGCUGCCAUAUGUGAAGAUGCAUUACAUGGGCUCUCAUAUCUGCACAGUAAUCAACGAAUACACAGAGACGUCAAAGCAGGCAAUAUACUACUCACAGACAACGGCACUGUUAAACUAGCUGAUUUUGGUUCUGCAUCAUUUUUAAGCCCAGCAAACUCCUUUGUAGGUACUCCAUAUUGGAUGGCUCCUGAGGUCAUUCUAGCUAUGGAUGAGGGUCAGUACGAUGGCAAGGUGGAUAUCUGGUCAUUAGGAAUCACAUGUAUUGAACUCGCGGAAAGGAAGCCUCCCCUGUUCAAUAUGAAUGCCAUGAGUGCCCUGUACCACAUAGCCCAGAAUGACCCACCAACGCUAGGUAACUCCAUUGAGUGGUCCAGUGCCUUCAGAUCUUUUGUGGAGACCUGCCUGGCUAAGGAGCCUGAGCAGAGACCCUCGUCUACCCAGCUAUGCUCGCACGAAUUCAUCAGAAGGGAUCGAGUCAACAGUGUCAUCCUGGAGCUGAUUGAAAGAACAAGGCGGAUAGUCAGGGAACUAGACAACCUGAACUAUCGGAAGAUGAAGAAGAUUCUGAUGACGGACUCGUUCAAUCUCACCAAAGGGGAAGGAGGGGAGGAAGACCCGGAGGAUGGGGUGAGCGACUCGGUCAGUGAAUCGGGUGAUGAUGUGUUUGGUGGCAAAGCCAGUCAAACCAACAGUAUAGGUAGUCAACAUAGCAUUCAAGAUAGCAUACAGAGUAGCAGUAAUUGUGGUAGCAUCAACAGUCUUCCAGGUCCCUCCUCGGACUUUGAUAACUUCUCCAGGGACUCCAGGCAGCAUCCCUACUACUGCCAAGCAAACCGGGGGCUGCCGCCAAUGCACUCCGGCUACAGCUCGGCCCUCGAUCUAACCCUGGGCAGGCCCCAAGAUAUAUCGCUUGGCUAUCACUCCCUCAAAGGUCCCAACAAUCACGACAACUAUGCCAUGAAGAUGCACAAUCGCGGCAAUAGGAGAAAGAUGUCAAGUGGUACUAGUCUCAGUAGCUAUGCAGAAGGGCCCGACAAUCUAGAGGACCAAUUUAAAACCAUUCGGCCGACGAGUAUCGUGACGAGGCAAGCUAAGGAGCAUGAGAGCGAGCUUCGAGAACAGUUCACUGGUUACAAGAGAAUGAGACGGACACAUCAAAAGCAACUCCAGCAAUUGGAGACUAAACUCAAGGCUGAGAUGGAGGAGUUACGACAGAAACUGGACAAGGAAUAUGAACAGUGUGUACAGACAAAUGCCAAGGACCUUGAUAAGCUUGUACAGAAACAUCAGGCAGAGGUGGAUAGAAAGCAAAAGGCCUCGACUGCUGAAGAGAAGAAGUUAGUAAAGGCAAUGUCAUCGCGUCAAGACACUGAAAUGAAGCUGUUCCAACAGCACCAGAAGAGAGAAUAUAAAAUCAAUAAAGAGCAAAUCAAGAAGGAUGUAGACAGCACACCAAAGAAAGAGCAGGACUCUGUCAUCCGCAGUCGCAAGGAGUCGCUGCAGCAACAGCAGCAACUGGCUGAGCUUGAGCUGCAGCGAGAGCAACGCAAACACCUAGAUACUGAUCUAAGGAAACUCAAAGCUAGAUUGGUGCUAGCAAAGCAUACACAACAGCAGGAUCAGCUCAGAGAGGUAUUACACAAACGUCAGAUCAUUAAGGAGAUGGAGCAUGUGAUGGGAUUACGCCACCACGAGCAGACGCAAUCUCUGGAAUAUCGACAUCUUAAGCAGAUACAGAACCUUCGUAGUGAUCAGAUGGAGAAACAGUUUGAGACGGAGCUGGCCAACCAGGGAGAGUAUAACAAGAGAGCUCAGCGAGAACUGAGGAAGAAACACGGACUGGAGACAAAGCAACAACCCAAAAACCUCAGGGCUAAAGAACAAUCCAUCAAGAAACAGUACCACGACGCCUGUAAGAUCCAGAUGAAGCAGUUCAAGGCGCUACAGACUCAGGUGCUACAGACCACUGCCAGGGAGAAGCAGAAGAGUGUCUCCAAGAAGAUGAAGGAAGAGCAGAAGAGGAAGAUGGCCAUCCUUGGGGAGCAGUAUCGGAUGAGCAGUCAGGAAAUGCUGCAGUCGCAAUCGAUACGUUUGAGUGAUACUCAGCAGCGGGAAUGUAAGGAGCUACACGAGACCUUGAAGCAAGAGCUGGAGUUACUCCACGCUUACCAGAGCAAGACGAGACUACUUCUUGAUGCACAGCAUUCACGAGAGAAGAAAGACCUUCAGGAAUGGGUGUCGUUACGUAGAGCUCGGCUAGAGCAGAGGAUUGAGGAAGAUACAGUACGGUUGCAGUCGGAGAAAAGUGAGAGAAUACGCCAGCUCCUGGAUUCACAGAAAACAGAAGUAGAGAGCUUUGAUGCAGAGACCCUGAGCAUGGGCUUUGAAAUGUUGACCAUCGAGAAGAUCACCCAGACAUAUGAGGGUAGGGGACCAGACGGUCCCUUGGGCAAUGGCGGCGGUUAUAGAUACAGGUCACACAGUACUUCCUCUGGUAGUUACAACUCGAUGUCAUAGGCUAGGCACCAGACUAAAUUAAAGCUCUGCAUGAUCUCAAAAAAAAAAAAAAAA